AUGAUUAUGUUGAUAAAGGGAAAAAAAAAGGUUAUUUUUGUCGAUGAUGAAGAUGAUUGUCAUGAUAAUAGUGGGAAAAAGGAUGAUAAUACAAGUUUUGGAAGAAGUGAACGGAAAAAUGAUUAUGAUAAUGUUGAUGUUGGGGAAAAAAUACAUGAUUUUACUUUUUCCAAUAUGAAUGAUGUUGUUCCUUGUAGUGGCAUGUUGUUUGAUAAUUUAGAUGAGGUGGAAAGAUUUUAUCGGGAUUACGGGCGUAGGGUUGGAUUCGAGGUUAUCAUUAGAAAUACUCAUAGGCAUUCUAGAAGCAAUGAAGCUUGUUCACGUAUGUAUAUUUGCCGGCUAGGUGGGAGAGUAUGUUCAAGUUCGGCUAAUGUUGAUGAGGAAUUGAAUUUAAAAAGGACUCGUGAUACAAUUGAUCGGACAAAAUGUAAGGCUCGAAUUUCGGUUGUUCAUAGAGUGAAGACGGAUAAAUGGGAAAUAACCACAGUAGAGUUAGAACACAAUCAUCCAAUGGUUACCCCAGACAAAGUACAAUUCAUGCAAAGAUCGCGUAAUAUAGGUCCGGUUGCCCGAUCUUUAAUUGAGACGUUGAACAAAUCGGGAAUAGGACCCUCAAAAGUGUUGAAAGUGAUGGGGGAAGCUCUCGGUGGAUUAGAGAAUGUUGGUUUUACUAAUCAAGACAUACGUAAUGUUUUACGUAACAUUCGACGUCAAGUGUUUGAUGGUGGUGACGCAAUGUCCGGGUUGGCUUUGUUAGAGGAGUUAAAGGGGAAUAAUUUCGGGAAGUUUUUCUAUCGGUUUGAUAUGGAUGGCGAGAAUCGGGUUAAGGCUUUGGUGUGGGUUGACCCUCGAUCGGCAAAUGCAUACAAGAAUUUUGGUGAUGUGGUUACAUUCGACUCAACUUAUCGGACUAAUAGGUAUUGUAUGCCUUUCAUACCUAUCACGGGGGUUAACCAUCACUACCAAAAUAUCUUAUUUGGAUUUGCACUCAUUAGGGAUGAGAAAGAAACAUCUUAUGAAUGGGUUUUGAAAACUUGGUUGGAAGCCGUUGACAACAAACCUCCGAUUACAAUCAUUACCGACCAAGACAUUGCAUUGGGAAAUGCUAUUGCCAAGAUUUUACCAACCACCAAGCAUACAUAUUGUUCUUGGCAUAUAGGUCAAAAGUUCACCGAAAAAUUGUCUUCUUUGUAUACUCAUUAUCCGGAGUUCAAAACGGAAUUCAACGCAUGUGUGUAUAAGUCGUUAUCACCGGAGGAAUUUCAAGAAAGAUGGGAUGAUUUGGUUGAGAAGUACCACCUCAUAACUCAUGAUUGGCUAAAUGAUAUGUACAAUAUUAGAGAGAUAUGGAUUCGGGCUUAUACAAAAGAAUCUUUUGCCGCCGGUAUGACUACUACGGGAAGGAGCGAGUCAAUGAAUUCCUUUUUUGACCAAUAUGUGCAACCAUCAACCGGUUUGAAGGAAUUUAUUGAGAACUCACAAAAGGCUUUGGAGUAUCAAUAUCUUCACGAGGUUGAAGCUGACUACAACACCCAAUACAAGAAAAGGAGACUUAUAUUAAACUCACCAUUGGAGGCUCAUGCAUCGCAAAUAUACACCAAAGAGAUGUUUAGGCGUUUUCAAAUUGAGUUUGUCAAAAGUGCAUCUUAUGUCAUGAAAAAAAUUCCACAUGUCUCCAAUUAUUUGUGGAAGGUGUACUUGGUAGAAAAAUUCACCGUGCCUGAACAUUGUAUAAGAAGAGUUUGUUUGACGGUUUCUGGCGAUGGAACUUAUAGACGUGAAUGCAAAAAAUAUGAACAUUCCGGCAUGAUUUGUAAACACAUCAUUUGUUACCUAACUAAGAAGCAAGCGACUAAGAUACCAUCAAACUAUAUCACAUUGAGGUGGACAAUGAACGGGAAUGAAGUUGCGGGACCUCUACUCUAUACCCCUCCCGUGAUUGGCGAUUUGGUUAAAUCACAAGAGGCAAGGUAUAAUGCAUUAUGCAAAUCCUUUCAAGGUUUAAGUGCUAGUGCUAGUUGUUCGGUCCCGAGAUUUAACUAUGUGAUGGGCAUGAUUGAGAAAGAGACAAAUUACGUGAACGAAUAUUUUCCGGAAGAGAUGCGCAACAAGAAUGUAAAUGACUUGUCCUAUCAUGAAAAUGUAGACGAUCCGGUUUUUGAACCGUUUUUUGAUCCUCCAAUGUCACAAACAAAGGGACGAAACAAAACGGGAAGACAUAAAAGUGGUAUUGAGAUGGCAACUUCAAAAAAGAAGUUACGAACAUGUAAAUUUUGUGGUGAAAAAGGAGCAAAUCAUGAUUCAAGAAAUUGUCCCACGAAGCCGACUUAG